AUGGCACCCAGCAUGUCCCUCCACAGCGUCGUUGCCAUCCUCAUACUAUGCACCGACUCCUCCCCAGAUUCCUCCAGACUGUUUGCCAAAUACUACAAUCCUCCACACGCUGCAGCCGUGCAACAACAUCCUCCGCAACCUCAGCCAUAUCCUCACCUGAAAGAACAGAAGGCCUUUGAAAAGGGACUACUGGAGAAGACUUCAAAGCAGACCUCCGACGUGAUCCUCUACGACAAUAAGGUCGUGGUGUUCAAGAUGGAGAGCGACGUUAUGCUGUACGUGGUGGGUGGCGCUGAGGAGAAUGAGAUUCUGUUGUAUAACGUCGUAUUGGCCCUGAGGGACACGUUGAGUAUAUUAUUAAAAAACUCGACCGACAAGCGCACAAUCAUGGAGAACUACGACCUGGUCACUCUGGCUAUCGAUGAGAUUGUCGACGAUGGCAUAGUAUUGGAGACAGACCCCGUGAUGGUGGCAUCCAGAGUGUCAAAAGCUCCUGCACAGGAUGCGCCCAAUAUGAAGAACAUCGACCUCAGUGAACAAGGGAUACAAAAUCUUUGGGAAUUCGGAAAGAAGCAAGGAAUGGAGUUCGUACGGAGAAACCUAUAA